GACGAUGGUGAUCCCCGGAUCUGCGCCAGUGCCGAGUCGCCGUCGCCGCACAGCCCACGCUCCAGCCACAGCACCGCCACCACCACCUUUGCACAUGCUUGUGGCAGUGCGGCUGCUCGUCUUGUGACAGCCGAUUUUUCAUUGUCACCGAACCAAAGGCCAAACCUCUAAAAGCGAUUGCUGCUCCUCCUCCGCUCUGCCCACGGCCCUGGGUUCCUUCUGCUGCUCCGUGUGCUCUUCUUCUGCUUUUGCUGCUUUGUAUCUGGAAUAUCCACCACCUCUACGCACAUCUCUCCCCGUCAGCGGGCUCGCUAUGCGCCCUCCAUCCUCUGGCGAUGACUUCCGCUCAGUACAUGCUUGCAAGGCCGUCCCUCCACCACCACAACCACCACAAUCUCGACGGUGCCCACGAUCGCGUAUCGUCUAAGAUGCCGUCUUCUCCUGACGACCCACCUCUACUCAAUCGCUUCUCUUCCAGAUCCUCAGAGAUCCCGCCCAUCGACCCUUCUUCGUCUCUCGACCCCGCCCUGCCGCCGCCGUCGCCCCCACCCCCGCCUCCGGCCGGUGCCGCGAUUCCUCUGCUCGACGACCGCGAGAGCCUGGCGUACUCCAACUUUCUUGACAAAAUUGCUCUCGACUCUGACUUCAUCUUCGACCCUGUCUUGCCCGAAGAUCUCCUGCCAUGGCCGCAUCAGCAGUCAUCUUCCUCCCUCGUGUCUUCGAACGGCUCGCUCUCCACCACCGCAACCUCACCAGCCAAGACCGAUCUCAAAACCGAGGACGGUCCCGGCGACCACAACACCCUUCUCGGACCAGCCUUUCCUGACCUCUCCUCCCACAGUUCAACCAUCGACCACCACCACCCUCACCAGCGGCAUGUCUCUGGAGGCAUGCGCAACUCUUGGCCCUCCGCCGAUCAUGCUGGCUCUGUCCCGCCGCUGUCGCCGCUGCGGUCUCACUCUCAAUCGCGACCUCCGCGAUCGCCGCGCUCGAGCUUCUCUCUAGGCAGCAGCUCGCAAUCCGCCUCAGUCUCACAGAAAGGCCAUCCCCAGCAGCAACUGCCGCUGAUGUCUCCGCCGACCGAAGAGCGGUCCGGUUCGCUGCUCGAUAACCUGCGAUCCGGCCAGAUCUCGAACGAGGAUCGCGCGAGCCUGCUUCGUGCUGUGCACAGGCAGCAAGGGCUUGCGUUUGGUUCGGACCCGCGCUUUUCGCAGUCGGGGUUCAAAGCCAAGCCUAGCGUGCCGCCUGUGUUUGAAUCGUUGUCUGAUCUUUCCGGACAGACACCUCCGAGUAGUAGGCUGUCCACGAACAGCCAAUCGACGAGUGAGAAGGUAGCGGCAGCUUCUGAAAUCCUGAGGCAGAUGAGCCAGGAUGGCAUGUCGUGGACUAUGGAGAACGACAGCACGAAGGUGGACCAUCCUCGCACGGGUGGGAAAGCGGCUAUGAUCAUGCCGAUGCACACAGUAUCUCCCUCGUCAGAGUCAGUGGGUGUCUCUCCUGAUACGUCCUCAGACGUCUUCAGCGGUCGAGGCCGAGUCCAGCGAUCAGCUUCUGUGCAGAAUACCCCGCCGCUCGGCCGGAAACGGACCUCGUCGUCUGCGAAUCUCGCCGAUCUGGCUGCAGAAGAGUAUCAUAUAUCAGAACAGCCGCAGCCAGCGCCUUCCAUAAGCAAGAAGUCCAAAAAGCAGUCAAUCAGUGGUGCGGUAAAUUCGGCAUCGCCGUCCAUGGCAGCCAUGUCCAGCGGCCGCUCGGCGCGAUCAAACUCGGUCUCGUCGUCGAACGAGCGCGAUAACCGGGAACUCCUUUCCGAGGCCCAGCGGCGCAAGAACCACAUCUCGUCUGAGAAGAAACGGCGCGACGCAAUCAAGCAAGGGUUCGAGGAGCUCUCGUAUAUCGUGCCGGUUUUGCGCGCAGGCGGGUUCAGUAAGAGUAUUGUGCUUUCGCAUGUUCUUGAUUUCAUCACGGACGUGGAGAAGAAGAAUAAACAGAUGCGCGAGAUACUGGCUGAAUUACAGCGAAAGUGAUCAACACCGUCACAUUAAUCUCACUACAUUUCUUUUGGUACUUUUAUUUAUUAUCACGUCACAUUAUGAUUCGGCAGACAUUCCUGGAGAUUAAAGCAUGCUUCAGAUCAAGCAGAUGGGGUUGUACGGUACGGUAGCAUUAUGGAUAGUUCAUUGUGACCAGUCAGUCAGUCAGUCAGAAGCAGUCAUUCGAUUGUGCACGCAGCGUUUAUUAUAAUAAUUCAGGUUUCGGGGAGUAAUUCAAGAUGUUGGAGAGUCUUAUGAUUUAGUACUAUCCUUUCUUUGUCAAUGUUAUCGUAUGUCUUUUCUGUUUUGUAAGGUGGUGUCACUGUUUGUUUUUGUGUUUUUGUGUUUUUUUUUGUUUGCUCUCGGUGGUAUUUUGUUGGCGUUCUUCUUUGUAAAUGCUGUUAUCGCUCUAUGUAUUCCAUAUGAUUCAUGUAUUUAUUUAUACAAUUCAAUAAAUAAACGCUGUACCAACACAUA